GUGGCGGAGAACUAAGCUGGGCUGGUGGGCCUGGAAAUGAAUUUUAGCUGCUGUGCGCAAAGCCCUAGGUGCGUGUGUGGACAGAAGGAAGCCGCAAGAAGGUUAUAACAGGUCAGGAAUAAAUAACCAGCAGGCGGAGGAUCCCGGAUUCCGUCCUGCCUUUUGUUGGGUGAGGAGCGCCAGGCAAACGCGUCCACCUUGGCUUAGGAAGGAGGCGAUUGGACCGUCCGCCCGCAGCCGCAGCCCCGGUGGUCCAGGCAUGGAUGGGAAGAAAUGCAGCGUGUGGAUGUUUCUACCUCUCGUAUUUACUUUGUUUACUUCCGCUGGCUUGUGGAUAGUGUACUUCAUCGCCGUGGAAGAUGACAAAAUUUUGCCAUUAAAUUCAGCUGCAAGGAAAUCAGGUGCGAAGCACGCCCCGUACAUCAGUUUUGCAGGUGAUGACCCUCCUGCGAGCUGCGUGUUCAGCCAAGUCAUGAACAUGGCCGCCUUCCUGGCCCUCGUGGUAGCCGUUCUGCGCUUCAUCCAGCUGAAACCGAAGGUUUUAAACCCAUGGCUGAAUAUCAGCGGUUUGGUGGCGCUGUGUCUGGCGUCCUUUGGGAUGACCUUACUUGGUAAUUUCCAGCUCACAAACGAUGAAGAAAUCCACAACGUGGGGACAUCCCUGACCUUUGGGUUUGGCACACUGACCUGCUGGAUCCAGGCUGCGUUGACACUCAAAGUCAAUAUCAAAAAUGAGGGGCGGAGAGCCGGAAUUCCUCGAGUCAUCUUGUCAGCCAUCAUCACUCUCUGCGUGGUCCUGUAUUUCAUCCUCAUGGCCCAAGAUAUCCACAUGUACGCAGCCAGGGUGCAGUGGGGCCUGGUCAUGUGCUUCCUGGCGUACUUCGGCACCCUGGCUGUGGAGUUCCGGCACUACCGCUACGAGAUCGUGUGCUCCGAGUACCAAGAGAACUUCCUGAGCUUCUCAGAAAGCCUGUCAGAAGCCUCUGAGUAUCAGACCGACCAGGUGUAACCCACCAGCUUGUCCCUGGGCGUGCGGUGGGUGUGGCGACAGGGGAGGGGCCGGGAGGACACACUCACAGGACUUGACACAUCACCUCACUUCUCCCACACACGGACACAUACUCACGGCCACAUCUGACAAAAGAGCUUUUCGGGGCAGGUUAUUUCUUUCUUGAACCAGCACACGCCCCCAGGCGUGGAAAUACAUGCUGUCAACACUGAAAACAUGCACGACCGGGCCAGAAGCUUGUGCAUGACCACCUCCUCGCCCCCGCCCUCCCAGCAGGCCUUGCGCUCCUCAUCCUCUUCGCCUUUCCAACCUGGCCCCUUCCUCCGGCAGAGUAAGGCCCGCAGAAUGUAAAGCGAGAGGCAAGCCAGCUCCCUAAGUCGCCCUCGGGUCCGAAGCGCUUGAGAUGAGCGUGAUGGGAGAGUGGUGGAUCUGGUACCAAUAUUACCGAGUGACAAACUGAGCAGCAUCUGCCUGGAUGCACACCGCACUAAAGCUGUGACUGCAGCCGGAGAGCUGCGGGCUGAACUUUCCCACCAGGCUGUCCUCGGCACCGUUCAGCGGUUGGCUCUGUGGAUCCAGAGAGAGAGGCAUUCUACGGAGAGAGCACAGGAAAGAAGCCGGCCACCAACAUCUGGACUUGAGUCACUCUGCCUGAGGAAGAUCUCCAAACGUGAAUGUUUGCAGGGACGGUCUGCGGCGUUUGGCCAGAGUCCGGCUGAGAGGGCGUGGCGUGGCUUAUGUUUCCACCCACGCUGUUAUCCUGCACCGUUCCACUUUCAUAGCUCAUGACUCGCUUUUUCGUCUUUAUGUGCAACUCUCAUGGGUCUGUGUAGGCCUCCUGGUCAAAGGUGUGGACCAAAGGCAAGCAUCUUGUUUUGCUUUCGAGUAUGAAAGGGUAUGCCUGCAAGCUGUUUAUAUUUGAAGGAAAAAAAGAUUCUCGAAGAAGCACAAAAGAAAUCUGCGUGGGGUUGGGAGGCAUGAAGGUGCCUGUGGGCUCUGAGGAAAGAGAGGAGGUUGUAAAUCCAACCUGGGGGAGACUUUCACAUCCAUGUAUUGGCCAAACUUUACACUUUGAAGACUGGGGCCUUUUCAAAUUUGGAAAUUAUAGAAGCAAAUUAAAAACACUGCCCUCCCCCAAACUGCAUCGGCACAGAGCUGCAAUAUUGCUAGAGUUCAGAAGUGAGCUAAUAAGUGCAGGAGUUCAAGGCCAUCCUAGAUCCCUGUGGCAACAACAGUGUGCCAAGUGCACAAGCACCCCUCCCCCAACCAAGGGCACUAUUUAAAAAAAAAGAUCUCCAAAUUUAUAGGGGCCUCGGAUACCCCAGAAUGUAAUGUCAAAAACGCUGUUUUGCAAAUUCAACCCAAAGUGUAGCUUCCCAAGGAGGGGGUCAAAGGUGGUUCUAUCUAAUUCUCUGCCCCCAGCACAGUCCCUAGCACAUAGUAAAUACUCAGUAAGUGUCCACUGACCCGUCUACUGUUGUUUAUGAGUGCAGGUAGGGAGUGCAAAAGAGAUUCAGAGACAAAUGACAGAGUGGACGCAGAGGGACAGAAGUCUCGGAGUGAAGACAGGGAGAAAUUGUCACCACUGGGCAGGGAAAGGAGCCAAGCCCCCGGUGGUGUGAGAAGAGCCUCGAGUAGUUAUUCUCUUAUUAAAAAGGCGUCUUACUGUAAAUAGUCCAGGGUGGCGUCUGCUAGUUUUGAAACUGCUCUGGGGUUCCUUUCUUUUCUUUCCUCCUCUUCAUUUUUAUAUUUUAAAGGUUUUUAUCAAAGGACAAACGGUUUUACUUUACACACUUCCAAGUCAAAGAGCUCUGGGUGACGCACUUCUCUGCUCUCUUAAGAGUGUAUGUAACAGCACAUCGUAACAGAAUCAAGCCAAGACUGACAUUACUCACGGGGCUCUGGCCACUAAUAAAGGUGUUUUAUGCAAAAGUGA